CAUGUGUGAGAAGUGAGAGGAAAGCAAACCAGAAAAUCGGUAAACUUAACGGAUCUACACGAAAUUCACUCUUAUAAAUACCAUUUCAUGCCCACACCAAAGCCAUAAUCUACAUUACCUGGAUCAAACACAAAUUUACACACACACGCACAAGUUUAAUUUCUAGGAUUGUAAACACAAUGUCGCCGGCGUCCGGCAUUGUUCACGAUCAAGCACCCAUGCUGUCGCAACACGAUGCCACAUCCUCGUGUUCGAAAGACGCCGUGAUCGCGUGGUUCCGCGGCGAGUUUGCCGCGGCCAAUGCCAUAAUUGAUGCAUUGUGUAAUCACCUGAGUGAGCUGCACGGGGGAGGAUCGGUGUAUGAGUCCACAUUCGCGGCCAUUCAUAGGAGGAGGCUGAACUGGAUCCCGAUUUUGCAGAUGCAGAAGUACUAUCCGAUCACUGAUGUGUUGGUUGAGAUAGGAAACGUGAUCGACAAGAAAGGAAAUGUCGUCGAAAAAUGUGCGCCAGAGAGGACAGGAGGGAGCGGAGAUGAAGAUCAAUGUUAUAGCAACAUUGGAGGAUUAGCAAAGACUGAUCAAAUUACUAAUGGAGGAUCUCAAAAUGGGCAACCCAAGUUUGAAAACCUUGAGUUAUACUCAAUCAAUGAAGACUGUGAGACGCAUCAUGCUCAAAUCAAAGUCUGUAAAGGGUUCGUAGCCAAGGAGCCGGUGAAAGGGCAUAUGGUCAACGUUGUGAAAGGGCUCAAGUUGUAUCAAGACAUAUUCACUGAUACUGAGAUAUCUAAGCUGACCAACUAUGUGAAUGAGCUUCGGGUUUCUGGCCAGAAUGGAGAACUAUCAGGCGAGACCUUUAUAAUGUACCACCAGCAGGUCAAGGGCGGAAACAAGAGAGAACUAAUUCAGUUUGGAGCUCCAAUUUUCGGGCCUGUUAAAAAGGAAGCUACAAGUCAAUUUCAAAAGAGUCAAAUCGACCCAAUUCCAGAAACACUUCUAGGAGUCAUUGACAACCUGGUUCAGUGGCAUUUAGUCUCCGAAAGUAGGAAACCAAACAGCUGCAUCAUCAACUUCUUUGAUGAGGGUGAGUAUUCACAGCCCUUCCUAAAACCGCCUCAUCUAGACCAACCGAUCUCUACUCUUCUUCUGUCUCAAUCGGAAAUGGCUUUUGGACGUAUGCUUGUAUGCGACAAUGAUGGGAACUAUAAAGGGCCACUUAUGCUAUCACUGAAAAAAGGGUCUCUUUUAGUGAUGAGAGGAAACAGUGCUGACAUGGCGAGACAUGUUAUGUGUCCAUCACAAAGCAAAAGGAUCAGUGUGACCUUCUUUAAAGUCCAGACUGAUGGCAUAGUGAAAAACUCAUCACCUUUAAAUAGAGCCCUGACACUGUGGCAACCAGGAAUCUCAAAUGGUUAUUCAGUACCACGUGGUACUUAUUAUAGCUAUGAGGCAAUGGAUGUUAUUUCUAAAUGCAAUGUCCUUCGGAACCCAAUGUUUAUGUGUGCUCCUAUGCGACCAAUGGUCCUCGGCCCUAAAAGGAUCACACGCGGUGGUACUGGAGUUUUUCUGCCCUGGGCUGUCGGAUCCAAAAAGCCUGCAAAGCAUCUACCACCACGUGCUCAAAAGGGACGUAUUUUCGAGCUGCCCUCUCCAGCUGAAACACAUAAUAAAGAAGCCACUUCUGAUGAGACAUGAGCAUUGAGGGAAGGUCAGUGCGAGACUCUGAGUUUUUCUCUUCAGCGGGAUAAGAUCAUUCUAUAAAAUAGUUAGAGGUGUGAGUCAUCACUGUUGUCUACUUAUUCUUCAAAAAGCUUCACUUGUAAGUGUACAAUGAAAUUUGGUGUUGUAAGAGACCAUUAUAUCUCAUUCCUUCCUACUCAUGGAACACGAGUUAGCCCCGCCGCAGGUUUUCUCAAAUGCCAUACUAGAAAUAGCGAGUUCUAAGCUGAUAGUGCGGUUAGAUCUUAGGAUAAACAUAUGCGGGAAUUUUGUAUUUUUUAAAAAUCAUAUUAUGUUUAGCUUAUGU